AUGGCCCGUGGGCCUCCCAUUAUGGGGCACCCGCUGCGCUACAGCAUCGGGUUCCUGGACUGGGUUCCAAAGAAGAUGCAGCGUGUGGGCUGCAUGGAGCUGCUCAACACGGUCCAGAGGAGAGUCCAACCUAAACUACACGUGUUCGGACACAUCCAUGAAGACCCACACCCUCAGUCCAGACCCACACCCUCAGUCCAGACCCACACCCUCAGUCCAGACCCACACCCUCUGUCCAGACCCACACCCUCAGUCCAGACCCACACCCUCUGUCCAGACCCACACCCUCAGUCCAGACCCACACCCUCUGUCCAGACCCACACCCUCUGUCCAGACCCACACCCUCAGUCCAGACCCACACCCUCUGUCCAGACCCACACCCUCAGUCCAGACCCACACCCUCUGUCCAGACCCACACCCUCUGUCCAGACCCACACCCUCAGUCCAGACCCACACCCUCUGUCCAGACCCACACCCUCUGUCCAGACCCACACCCUCUGUCCAGACCCACACCCUCAGUCCAGACCCACACCCUCAGUCCAGACCCACACCCUCUGUCCAGACCCACACCCUCAGUCCAGACCCACACCCUCUGUCCAGACCCACACCCUCUGUCCAGACCCACACCCUCUGUCCAGACCCACACCCUCAGUCCAGACCCACACCCUCUGUCCAGACCCACACCCUCAGUCCAGACCCACACCCUCUGUCCAGACCCACACCCUCUGUCCAGACCCACACCCUCUGUCCAGACCCACACCCUCAGUCCAGACCCACAUCCUCAGUCCAGACCCACACCCUCAGUCCAGACCCUCAUCCUCAGUCCAGACCCACAUCCGCCCGCGAUGGCCCAUGGAAAGACGGGGGUGGGGGGGUGGAGGGGAAGGACGAGAGGGGGAGAGACGGGCAGGGGGGAAAAAGGGGGGACAAGAGGGGGAGGAGGACGACUACAUGGGGGGGAGACAGAGGUGGAGUGGGGAGAAGGACAACAACGAGAGGGGGAGAAAGGGGGGACGAGACGGAGGGAGGGUGGAAGAGGAGGAUGAAGGAUAG